UAGCAAAAUUCCCCCAGCGGCUCAGGCGACGCUUGACGACCAUCCUCCGUUCCAUGGCCGUUAAACUCGUACCAACCGCCGCCGCCGCCGCCCUCCAUGGAGACCAGCAAGUCGCCACCGCUUUACUCGCCGCCGCGGGAGCCCUCCGCGGCGACGGUGAUGCUGUGCCCGUGCCUGGUGUUCUUUCUUCUCGUCCUCAUCAUCGUCUCCAUCGCCCUCACUGUCCACUUCCGCCUCUACUGCCACACACCUCUCGCCCACCUCAUCUCCCCCCACCGCUGCCCCCACCGCAUCUGACCUCCGGCUCCUCCUGUGGCGGCCGCCACCGCGGCGCUGGCGUGGUCCCGCUUGCUUACUGCGCGAUCCCUCAGCUGUCGGCGAGAUCCCGCUCCCUCUCAGGUUCCCCUCUCCUUGCGCCGCCGGCAAGCCGGGCUACCGACCCGCUCUUGGGCUUUCCCGCCGCAAGGUGCCUCUCCUCCUCGGCUGCCUCCGACGUCGACGACAACGAGGGCGCUUCGUCGGAGCAGGAUGUGGUGGCAGCGUCGUGCCACCAGGAACACGUGAGACGCGUGUGCGCGGCCAUCGCGGACGUGGUCGCCGCCGGGGCCGACGCGAACCUGGAGGCGGCGCUGUCCGCCCUCUCGCCGCCGCUCUCCGAGGCGCUCGUGCUCGCGGUGCUCGACCGCUUCAAGCACGCUCACAAGCCGUCCCACCGCUUCUUCCGGUGGGCCGCCGCGUCCGGCGGCUUCGCUCACACCACCAUCACCUACUGCAAGAUGGUACACAUCCUUGGCAAGGCGAGGCAGUUCGAGUCGAUGGUUGCGCUAGUCCAAGAAAUGGGGAAGGCUGGAGCCCUGUCCAUGGAUGCCUUCAAGAUCGCCAUCAAGUCUUUCGCUGCAGCUGGCGAGAUCAAGAAUGCAGUUGGCGUGUUCGAGUUGAUGAGGAAGAAUGGUUUCGAUGAUGGGGUGGAGUCGUUCAAUUGCUUGCUCGUCGCUUUGGCCCAGGAGGGAUUAGGCAGGGAGGCCAGGCAGGUGUUUGACAAAAUGCAUGACAGGUACACCCCAGAUCUGCGCUCUUAUACUGCUCUGAUCCUGGCAUGGUGCAACGCGAGGAAUCUAGUCGAGGCUGGGCGUGUUUGGAAUGAGAUGCUGGAGAAGGGGAUGCAGCCAGAUGUUGUCGUGCACAACACGAUGAUUGAGGGGCUGCUUCGUGGGCAGAGGCGACAUGAGGCCGUGAAGAUGUUUGAGCUGAUGAAGGCGAAGGGACCUCCACCAAAUGCAUGGACUUAUACAAUGUUGAUCCGUGACCAUUGUAAGCGAGGGAAGAUGGAAAUGGCAAUGCAGUGCUUUGACGAGAUGCAGGAGGCCAGAUGCCAACCUGAUGUUGCUACCUAUACAUGCUUGCUUGUUGGAUACGGGAACGCAAAGCGUAUGGACAGAGUGACUGCUGUGUUGGAGGAGAUGACAGAGAAGGGAUGCCCCCCUGAUGCCCGGACUUACAAUGCACUGAUUAAGCUGCUAACAAAUAGGAAUAUGCCAGACGAUGCUGCAAGGAUAUACAAGAAGAUGAUCAAGAAGGGACUUGAGCCCACAAUCCAUACUUACAACAUGAUGAUGAAGUCAUAUUUCCUUGGUGGUAGGAACUACGCAAUGGGUUGUGUGGUGUGGGAGGAGAUGCACCGGAAGGGUAUCUGUCCUGAUGUGAACUCCUACACGGUGUUCAUUAAUGGGCAUAUACGGCAUGGCAGGCCAGAGAAGGCAUGUAAAUAUAUCGAGGAGAUGAUCAACAAAGGGAUGAAGGCUCCGCAGAUAGACUAUAAUAAGUUUGCUGCAGAUUUCUCCAAGGCUGGGAAUCCAGACAUAUUGUAUGAGUUGGUUCAGAAAGUAAAAUUUGCCGGGGAAUUUGAUGCUUCUAAUGUGUUCCAUGAGUGGGCAGAGAGAAUGAAGAGUCGGGUCAAGAGAACUAUCCCAAAUCAGACCGGUAACAGAAUGUUCUAAGAUUACUAUGUUGUCAGCAGGAAUGUGGUAUUGUCAUGGUGCUUUUAAAUUUGAUUAUUUAGGAUAGCUCAUAGCUGCUACCUUUUUUUUUCUCUCUCUGGUGUAUAGUAAUGUGCCAUUUAAGAUACAUUCUUGAAUAUUUGUUAGAACGACAAUGUUUAGUCAAUUUAUGUUUUAGUUGUUUUGUUUUUCGUCAGGCUCAGAUGUAAUGUACGGUAAAGCUUCAUGGAAUAUUAUUCUUCAGCCAGUUUUUGAUGCA